UGGUUUCUGUUGGGAAAGACACCAGGAGGGGAAGGUAAGAGAAGAAAUGAGGGGAAAAGGAGGGGUUUGGGACACAAAUGCUCGGGGGUGGAAUUGGAGGCAGCUCCUGCCUGGCUGGAGGCAUCCAAGACUCUGUAAAUCCUCAAUCCCAUCUGCCUGCUCCCUGGCCUGGGUAAUCUCCGGCUCUCCCGGGGAGAAAGGGCACUUUUCCUGUCGGGGGGGGCGAGGGGAGGGCGGCCGGGCGAGCUUCCCCUUCCUGGAGCGCGGCUUGGGACCGGAUCCAUGCCUUGUUUCAGGAGCGGGGAUGCCUCCAGCCCCCGUUCCGGGGGUUUGGGGCUCGGCUUGGGGAUUUAUCCCCACUUUUCUCUACUAGGGUGGGGGCAGAAAGUCUUUAAUUACCCGAGGGUUAAUUAAAGCUCCAGCGGGGGGAUGACCCGGGGUGCCGGGGCCAUCCCCGCAUCCCGGCGCUGUUAAAGCCGCUUCACCCCUUGGCAACCCCGGCUCGCUCCACCCCGGAGCUUUUCCUGCCGGAGCGAACUCCCUUAAUGAGCUUAAGGAGCGCGGGGCUUACGGAGCGGGCCCCGAGGAGCCCCGAGCCCCGCGGGGAGCGGCUCCCCCGGAGCCAUGGCCUCGCUGCUGUCCCUGCAGGAGGAGAACAGGAUCCUGCAGCAGGAGCUGUCCCGCGUCGAGGACCUGCUGGCCCAGAGCCGGGCCGAGCGCGAUGAGCUGGCCAUCAAGUACAACGCCCUCAGUGAGAGGCUGGAGCAGAGCCUGCGGCUGGAGCCCGAGGAGGCGGCCGAGAGCCGGAGCCUGGCCCAGCACAACAUCGAGCUGCGCCGGCUGCUGGAGGAGGAGCAGGCUGCCUACAAGAGGAAGCUCCAGGCCUACCAGGAGGGCCAGCAGCGCCAGGCACAGCUGGUGCAGAAGCUCCAAGCCAAGGUGUUGCAGUACAAGAAGAAAUGUGGGGAAGUGGAGCAGCAGCUGCUGGAGAAAGCGACGGAGCUGGAGCAGGAGAGGCUGACGAUCCAGCUGGAUGCCAGUGGCUCCCAGCCCGAGGAGGAGAGCAGCAACGAGCUGGAGAACGCCCUGAUCCGGCUGGAGGAGGAGCAGCAGAGGAGCAGCAGCCUGGUGCAGGUGAACUCCAUGCUGCGGGAGCAGCUGGAACAGGCCAACGUGGCCAACGCGGCGCUGAGCGAGGACAUCCGGAAGCUGACAGCAGACUGGGCACGGGCCCGGGACGAGCUGGAGCAGCGGGAGGCGGAGUGGAGACGCGAGGAGGAGUCCUUCAACACCUACUUCAGCAACGAGCACAGCCGGCUGCUGACGCUCUGGCGGCAGCUGGUGGCCUUCAGGCGCCACUUCGGGGACAUGAAGGCCACCACCGAGAGGGACCUGGCGGAGCUCGGCCAUGCGGCGUCCCGGACCGGCCGCGCCGCGCACGCCGCCUGCCUGCAGCUGGCAGCCAACCUGCGGCUGGCCGAGAGCCAGGCGGGCGCCGCCCGCGAGCGGCAGCAGCUGCGCCUGGAGCAGCUGCAGGAACAGCUGGCGGCGCGGGCGCGGGACGCGGAGCUGGAGAAAAACACCCUGGCAGCCAGGCUGGCGGAGCUGACAGCGGCUCUGGAGCAGCGCCGCAGCGAGGACGAGGAGAAGGAGCGGGCGGUGGAGGCGCUGACCCUGCAGCUGCGGGAGCUGGAGGCCGCGCGCGCCCGGGAGCCGACGCCGGAGCAGGUGCAGGCCCUGCGCUCCGAGCUGCAGCUGCUGCGCCGGACGCUGCACGAGCUCACCCAGGCAGUGCUGGCGGAUGACCCCGAGCCCCUCCCACCCGCCGUGUCCCCCCCGUGUCCUGCCGUGUCCCCUCUCCGCAGCCUCUCUGCCAGCGCCGCCGCCGCCGCCGUGCACGCGGCCCUGAGCCGGCGCCAGCUGCAGCUGCAGGAGGCCCAGAGGCAGGUGGAGGCGGGCCAGGAGGCGGCUGGGGGCCUGCGGCGGGAGCUGGGCAUGCUGGAGCAGCGGCUGGAGCAGCUGGGAGCCGAGGCCGGGAGCUGCCGGCGGGCGCGGGAGGAGGCGCAGCAGGAGGGGCUCCGGCUGCGCGCCGAGGCCGAGGGGCUGCGCAGGGAGCUGUGCCGCGCGGAGGCGGCGCUGGCGGAGGAGCAGCAGCGAGUGGGGGCCCUGCAGCAGGAGCGGGAGCAGCUGCGGCGCCGCAGCGAGGAGCUGCAGGAGGCACGGGAGGAGGCGGCCCACGACGCCCAGGCUGCCCGCCAGCAGCUGGAGCACAGCCAGCAGCAGGUGCAGGAGCUGGAGGCGCAGCGGGCGCGGGCGCAGCGGGAGCUGCUGGAGGAGCGGGAGGCGCUGAGCCGGGCGCUGCUGGAGGCGGAGCUGGCCCACGACGAGCAGGAGGCGCUGGCUGAGGCCCUGGGCAAGGCGCAGGGCAGCUGCGGGGAGCUGGCGGAGGCGCGGCGGGCGGCGGAGGCGGAGGAGUCGCGGCUGCGGGACGCGCUGGCCAAGACCAGCGAGCUGGCGGCCGGGCUGGCCCGGGACAAGGCGGAGCUGAGCCGGCGGCUGGAGCGGCAGGAGCAGGAGCGGGAGCGGGGCCGGCUGCGCACCCGCGAGCUGUGCCGGGAGCUGGCGCUGCUGCGGGCGCGGCUGGAGCGCGGCCCCCGGCCCGGGGACGAGCGGCGGAGCCUGGAGCAGGCGCGGGGGGACCCCCGGGACAACGGGCGGGGGCUGCGGGAGGAGCUGCGGGAGCUGCGCGGGCUCCAUGAGCGGCUGCGCCACAGCCUCGGCCAGGCGGUGCAGGAGCAGAGCGCGGCGGGCGAGGCGCUGGCGCGGGCGCGGGCGGAGCAGGAGCGGCUGCGGGCGGAGCAGGAGCGGCUGGGCCGGACACAGGCGGCGCUGGCCCAGGACGGGGCCGGACUGGCCGUGAGGCUCGCGGCCGCCCAGCGCCAGGACAGGCACCGCGAGCGCGAGGCCGCGGGGCUCAGGUCGGAGAAGGAGGGGCUGGAGAGCAGCGUGUUCCAGCUGCAGCAGGAGCUGGUCCAGCUCCAGGCCCGCAAUCAGCAGCUGGAGGCCCAAGGCCGGACCCUGAGCCAGGCCAAGGAGGCGCUGGAGGCGGAGCUGGGCGCGGCGCGGCGGGAGCGGCGCCAGGCGGAGGCGGCGGCGGAGGCGGGCGCGGUGGCCGCGGCCCUGCGGAGCGCCCGCGAGGCGCAGCGGGACCAGCUGGAGCUCCUGCAGCGCGACAAGGAGGAGCUGGAGGCCGAGCGGGGCCGGCUGGUGCAGGAGCACGAGGAGCUGGUGGCCGAGCUGGCGGCAACGCGGCAGCAGCACCAGAGCGAGAAGCAGCAGGCGCUGGCCCUGCAGCAGGAGGAGCGGGUGGCCCUGGCAGGGACACUGUCCGGGCUGCAGCGGAGCCUGGACGAGGCCACGGCCGAGCUGGAGCAGCGGCGGCGAGAGGUCAGCGGCCACCAGGAGAAGGAGCAGGAUUUGGCCGCGGAGCUGCGCUCGCUGCGGGCGCGGGCGGAGGAGGCGGCGCUGAGCCACGAGCGGGAGGCGCGGGCGCUCCGGGACCAAGCGGCAGCGGCGGCCAAGCAGCGGGACAGCGCCCUGCGGGAGGCGGAGGAGGCGCGGGCGCAGCUGCGGGCGGGCGCGGAGGCGCGGGCGGCGGCGCGGCGGGAGCUGCUGGAGGCGCAGCGAGAGGCCCGCGACAGUCGCGACAGCCGCGACAGCGAGCGGCGGCGGGCGCAGGAGGCGCGGCGGGCCCUGGACGAUGCGGCCCGGGAGAAGGAGACGCUGCAGCGCUCCAACGAGGAGCUGCGGGCGGCGCUGCGGCGCGCCGAGGGAGAGCGCAUCAGCCUGAAGCGCUCCGGGGAGGACAAGGAGCAGCGGCUGGCGCUGCUGGAGGCGGCGCGGGCGGCGGCCGAGCGGGAGGUGUCGGAGCUGCGGGCGGCGCUGCGGGGGCUGGAGCGCGCCCGCCUCGAGAGCCGCCGGGAGCUGCAGGAGCUGCGCCGCCAGGUGAAGGAGCUGGACAGCGAGAACAGCCGGCGGGGCCGGGAGCUGGGCGAGCUGCAGGCGCGGGUGGCCCUGGAGGAGCAGCGGGAGCAGCGCAGCCGCCGCGAAGCCUCCGGCCUCAGGCAGAAGGUGGCGGAGAGCGAGGCCGGCACCGAGGCUGCCAGGAAGGAGCUGCAGCAGCUGCAGCAGCGCCUGGCGGCGGCGGAGCAGGAGUUCGGGCGGCGGGAGCAGGAGCUGUCCCGCAGCCUGGAGGAGGCGCGGGGCAAUGAGAAGAAGCUGCUGGCGGACGCGCGGAACCUGCAGCUCAAGGUGGAGGCGGCGCGGGCCGAGGUGGCCGAGCUGGGGCUGCGGCUGAGCGCGGCCCAGGGCCGGGCCCAGGGGCUGGAGGCGGAGCUGGCCCGCGGCGAGGAGCAGCGCAGGGCCACCGAGUCCCGCCUGGGCGGCCUCCAGGCCACCCUGCGCCGCACCGUGGCCGUCGCCAGGGCCAAGGGGACCCCGGAGGGGCCGAGCAGCCCCGGUUCUGUCCCGGACCCCGACGCCGAUCCCGAGGCGCUGCGGGCGGCGCUGCGGGAAUUCCUGCGGGAGCUGCAGGACGCGCAGCGGGAGCGGGAGGAGCUGCGGGCGCAGCUGGGCAGCCUGGGCCGGCGCCUGGCGGAGGCGGAGGCGGAGCGGGACAGCGCCGGGGCCCGGGCGCAGCAGCUCCAGAAGCUGCUGGACGAGAGCGAGCAAGGGCGGAGGGAGCUGAGCGCUGCCCGCACCGCGCGGCUGCUGCGGGACGAGAACCUGCGGAGCUCCCAGCGGGAGUGCCGGGAGCUGCGGGACCGCCUGCGCUCCGCCGAGAGGGAGCGGCGGGCGGCGCAGGAAAAGCUGGGCGAGCUGGAGGAGGCGCGGCAGAGGCUGGAGGUGUGCGAGAGCCGCAGCUGCCGGCUGGAGCUGCAGCGGCGGGCGCUGGAGGCCGAGCUGGGCCGGGCCCGGCGGGCGGCGGCCGAGCGGGAGGCGGAGGCGCGGGAGGCGCGGCAGCGAGCGGAGCAGCUCCGCACGCAGCUGGCUCAGGCGGGCUCCGGCUCGGGGCCGUUCCCGGGGAGCGGCUCCAAGGGCGAAGCUCCGGGCGGGUCUCUGCUCCACGAGCGACUCCUGCAGCUCCAGAACGCGCUGGCCGCCGGCGAGACGGACCGGAGGCUGCUGCAGGAGGGGCUGGAGGAGGCGCGGCGGGCGCUGGCGGAGGCGCGGCGGGAGAAGGGAAUGCUGCGGGAGCAGCUGCGGGAGCAGCGGGAGCUGGGGAUGCUGCGGGAGCCGGGAACGCUGCGGGAGCCGGGAACGCUGCGGGAGCCGGGAACGCUGCGGGAGCCGGGAACAAUCCGGGAGCCGGGAACAAUCCGGGAGCCGGGAGCGCUGCGGGAGCCGGGAGCGCUGCGGGAGCCGGGGAUGAUCCGGGAGCCGGGAGUGCUACAGGAGCCGGGAACGCUGCGGGAGCCGGGAACAAUCCGGGAGCCGGGAGUGCUACAGGAGCCGGGAAUUCCGCCGGAACAGGGAAUGCCGCCGGAACAGGGAAUGCCGCCAGAGCCCUCCCAGGAUGGGCAGAAGGAGGAGCAGGAGCAGGAGCCUCCCAGCCGGGCGGGGCCGGGUCUCCCUGGGGGCUCGGCCGAGCAGGAGCUGGAGGAGGCUCGGAAACGCAUCCGGGUGCUGCGGGCUCAGCUGUCGGCGCUGGAGCUCCGGGCGCGGCCCGAGGCACCGACGGAGCUGCAGCGGGAGCUGGGGCGGCUCCGGCUCGGCCGCGGCGGCCUGGAGGAGCAGAUCGCGCUGCUCAAGGAGCAGGAGCUGCAGCGACAUCCCACCGGAACUUAGGGAAUUCCGGGAAUUCCGGGACAUCCACAGGGACUGGCACAGCUCCACCCCAAAAUCCACAGCAGAGCCCAGCACAGCUCAGGGAUGGGAGGAUCCAUCCCCAUCCCCAUCUCAAUUCCCAUUCCCAUUCCCACCCCAAAAUCCACAGCAGAGCCCAGCACAGCUCAGGGAUGGGAGGAUCCAUCCCCAUCUCUCUGCUCCAAACCCACAGCGAUUUUUGCCUCCUCAUUCCCUUUUCUCCAGGAAAAAGCUGCACUUUUCCCACCAGCUGACAAAAUUGCUCCAUUUUUGGUACAAUUUGGGACCUCAUGGGUGGUUUUACCCAUUUUCCUGUUUCAGUUUUUAACAAAAAAAUGGGGAAUAUUCCUUUCCCCAUUCCUUUUUUUAGCCCCAGAAAACCCAAUUGAUUUAUCCCCCUCCAGCCUUCCAAGCCGUGCCCUCACCCCAUCCUAAUCUUUCCCCUUUUUCUAACAAAAAAAAUCCCUGGA